AUGUUGUCAACUAGUCAUUCUAUUAAACGUUGUUUUUCAACCUCCUCUCCGCUUUUGAAAACACUCAAAAUCGGUUUAAUUCCAGGUGACGGGAUUGGUAGAGAAGUUAUUCCUGCUGGUCAAAAAGUGUUGGAAAGCUUACCAUCGAAAUUUGACUUGCAAUUUGAGUUUGUUAACUUGGAUGCGGGAUUUGAAUUGUUCAAGAAGACUGGAACUGCUUUGCCUGACCAGACAGUUGAAACAUUGAAAAACGAAUGUGACGGAGCUUUGUUUGGAGCUGUCUCUUCACCAACCACCAAAGUUGAAGGAUAUUCCUCGCCAAUUGUUGCCUUGAGAAAGAAAUUAGGCCUCUAUGCCAAUGUUCGUCCUGUCAAGUCAGUCAAGGGUGUUGGUAGACCGGUUGAUAUGGUCAUUGUUCGUGAAAACACCGAGGACUUGUACGUUAAAGAGGAAAAGACUUACCAAAAGGAAGACGGAACCAAAGUAGCUGAAGCAAUCAAGAGAAUCAGUGAAACUGCUUCAAAACGAAUUGCCAAAAUGGCAUACGACAUUGCAUUGCAAAGACAAGCUAUUCGCGAUGCCUCCCCAGGCUCAGAGCAACUCCACUCAAAGCCAUCAGUGACUGUUACUCACAAAUCAAAUGUUUUGUCACAAUCGGAUGGUUUAUUCCGUGAAUCAUGCAGGUCCGUUUACGAUGCCAAUAAGGAUAAAUACAGCGGUGUUGACCACAAGGAGCAAAUUGUCGACUCAAUGGUUUACCGUAUGUUUAGAGAACCAGAGAUUUUUGAUGUCGUUGUUGCACCCAAUCUCUACGGUGACAUUCUCAGUGAUGGUGCCGCAGCUUUAGUUGGAUCUUUGGGUGUGGUUCCCUCAGCCAACGUUGGUGAAAACUUUGCAAUUGGUGAGCCAUGUCAUGGAUCAGCACCAGAUAUCGAAGGUAAAGGUAUCUCAAACCCAAUUGCCACUAUUAGAUCAACCGCAUUGAUGUUGGAAUUCAUGGGAUACCCUGAAGCAGCAGCCAAGAUAUAUGAAGCAGUCGAUGCAAACUUGUCUGAAGACAAGAUCAAGACUCCAGACUUGGGAGGUAACUCAACCACACAAGAAGUGAUUGAAGACAUUGUGAGAAGAUUCUAA